UGCAAACAUGUCGCAGGAUUAUAAAAUGGCUGGAGGAUCCCCAGUUCUUUUUGUAAGACAUUGCACCCUGUUGUUGGUAUCCGGGAUAUUCAGGUCCAUCCUGCAGCCCAAUAUAAUGAAUGUUAGGCUAUUGUGAUAGCGUAGUUAUUGACAAGCCAGGUGUGUGCAGUUUGCAGUUGUUGUUAUUACCCCUAGUGGAGACCACAAUGCUACAAGGCUCAAAUAUCUUGGGGCACGAGAGGCCCCUGGUCAUCAGGAUAUCGUUCACCACCUGUGUUCUGGCUACUGUGUGCCUACCACUGCUUGGAUUGAUAACGUGCGUCUUCAUAUCCUCUGUUUUUCAUUUUGAGGACUCUACUGGUACACACUGCCAGGUGCCAAAUUACCUGCCAUCAAUAAGCGCCUCAAUAAGCCUAAGUCCUGAGUGCCACAUAUGGCGGUUCUGCAUCGGAUUGCAUUCAGCACCGAGGCUCCUGGUGGCGUUUACAUACUUCAAAUUUUACAAGACACGUUUUUCCUCGAGGUUCCCAGAGAGUUCACUCACCUGCUUGAACUUUGCAUUUUCUAUUUCUGAAAACCUUGGCCUCUUGCUCCUCACAUAUGUGUCAUCCAGUGAAACAUAUUUUGUACAUAAGGAAGGUUUUGUCCUCUUCAUUGUCAGUUCUAUUAUCUACAUGCUGAUAACCUGCCGUUUAUGGAAGGCUAUUAAGAAGUAUUCAUUAAGUCCUGAGGAUGCCAAGUCUCACCAUUGGAAAGUGCGCUUCUUAUUUCUCAACGUGUCCUUUUGUGUUUUGGCCGGAUUCUUUUAUUGGAAACACAACAUGUACUGUGAAUCAGGGAGUUAUACAUUGUUUGCCCUGUUUGAGUAUCUGGUGGUCUUCUCCAAUAUGGCCUUCCAUCUCACAGCAGUGUGGGACUUUAAGAGUCGUGAGGUCAUGGUCAUUUCAUCCUCUGAAGAUAAAGACUUCUGACUAGAAACUCAAGGAUUAAGUCCUAAACAUACAGCCACUCAACCACCUGAUGAUAACAGCCUUGAUCCUUCUCAGGAGGAAGAAGAUUGGGAUGAAGGCCUUUUCCAUAUAUUUCCAUGAGGGUUUAGAUGUC